AUGGUGCCGAGAGGUUGCUACGAGUGUGGAUAUUCGGGUCACAUGAAGAGGACUUGCCCCAAAUUUUUGGGCAAGGCUGUACAGCAGGGGCAGCAGCCCAUGAUUUCAGCACCGGUUGCCCAGCCUCCCAGAGGCGGGGGACAGAUGGGUAGAGGUCGUCCUAGAGGUGGAGGCCAACCAGGGAGAGGUCGGCCAGCUACUGCUCAAACAGGUGGAGGCCAGCCAGGCAGCGCUCUAGCCACAUUUUAUGCCAUUCUGGCCAGAUCAGAUGCAUUGGCCUCAUAUGCCGUUAUCACAGGAUCUGAGGCAGGUACAUAUGGUUACCAGGCUGGUGCACAUUCUUGA